AUGGGGAUCUUCUCAACUCUGGUGGCCGCGUCCGCCGUUGCCGAUGUUGUGAUCGCGCAAAGAGUCAUUCCUGUUGGCUUUAGCAAACCGACAGCGAGACUACCGGCGCUUCACAGACGCGGCGGGACCUAUUCGCAAGAGCUGAAUAACAAUCUAACCGGCGGCGGUUACUACGCCCAGGUUACGGUAGGGACACCGCCACAGACCGUUGAUUUGAUUGUCGACACCGGGAGCAGCGAUGUCUGGAUAUUAGAUUCGAAUGCCAACCUCUGCCAUUCUAAAACAAUGCAGUCACGCUACGGGUACUGCUUAUCGACUUAUGAUUCAUCCAACAGCUCGACUUACUCCGUCGUUUCCCAGGACGCAUUUAGCAUCCGUUAUGUCGACGGGUCAGGGGCUGAGGGCGACUAUAUCAAGGAUAACUUUAGCAUUGGUGGAGCUGAUAUUAAGGCCCUACAGAUGGGUCUCGCCGAGAAUUCCACUAUCAACUCCGGCCUCCUGGGCAUAGGGUUUGCUGCCAAUGUCGCUGCAGAGACCCCUUACCCGAAUAUCAUGGAUCUGUUCCAGAACCAGGACCUUAUUGCCAUCCAGGCCUACAGCUUAUAUCUGGACGAUUUAUAUGCCGCGACUGGGACGAUACUGUUUGGCGGUCUUGAUACCGAGAAGUUCAUCGGCGAGCUCAAAACCGUCGACAUCCAACCGGAUCGCUACGGCAACUAUUCCUCUUUCACCGUCACUCUCUCCUCCCUGACAACGACCGCCGAUAAUGGCACCGUGGCCAACUAUACUACCCGAUCUGCCGUCCCGGUCAUUCUCGAUUCGGGCACUACAUUGACCUACGUCCCGUCUAGCAUAGCAAACCGCAUAUUCCGCGCAUUUGGCGCUGUGGACGAUACCUCCGGCACAGGACUUGUUUUCAUAAGCUGCGACUACUUGGACGACAAUAAGAACCUCACCUUUGACUUUCAGUUUGGUGGCAAGGAUGGUCCCGUCAUCCGUGUUCCGGUCGACGAGAUGGUACUAAAUAAUGUACAAGAAUAUGUAGAACUAGGCUUGGACGUGCCCUCGAUGCCAUUCGAUAAUGUUUGCAGCUUCGGUCUACAACCCAAUUCCGACUAUUACCUACUGGGUGACACAUUCCUCCGUUCGGCGUACGUGGUUUACGAUCUCACCAACAAGCAGAUCGGUUUAGCUCAGGCCAACCUGAAUAGCACCAAGAGCAACAUCCUAGAGAUCACCCAAGAAUCAGGUAUUCCGGAUGCCAGUGGCGUCGCCUCUCAGGUCACCGCAGAGCAGACGGCCACGGGGCUGCCCGGUACUGGCAACUCCAAUGGUGGACAGUCCGCCACGACUACUGGCUCCUCAAGCACGCCGUCUGGCCAGAGUAGCGGGAAUGCCGGCGCAAGAGCUGUAUCCGCCCCCAGCUGGGAGGCCCUGGCCGUAACUGCUAUAACGGGCUUGUUCGGGUUAAUGGGCGUCGGCUUAGUCGUGUUAUAG